UUGUCAAAGCAAAUAAUGAGUUCUUUACAAUAUCAGGAUCUCACCCUACCGGUUGGACAAAUUCGUGGAGCCCUUAGAUCGACAAUAUACAAUGACAUAUACUACAGUUUUGAGGGUAUACCAUAUGGUCAGCCCCCUUUGGGUGAAUUGCGUUUCAGGACUCCUCUCCCCGCCGAACCAUGGAAAGGGGUCAAAAAUUGUACGGAGUUUAAAGUAAAGCCAGUGCAGAAGAAUAAGCUUUCCGGGAAGGCGGAGGGUUCUGAAGAUUGCCUCUACUUGAAUGUGUACACAAAAAUGUUAAUUUCGGUAAUGCUUCUACCAGUCAUGGUUUAUAUUUUUGGUGGUGGAUUCAGCAAUAACGCAGCAAACAGGAGUCUUUAUAGUCCGGAUUAUUUCAUGCAAAAAGAUGUCGUUGUUGUGACCCUUAAUUACCGUCUUGACUCCUUAGGCUUCCUUAGUAUCAAAGAUCCCAAAUUGAAAAUUCCCGGCAAUGCUGUACUAAAAGAUCAAAUACUAGCCCUCAAAUGGAUCAAAAAAUACAUACGCCAUUUCAAUGGAGACCCAGAUAAUAUAACUCUGUUCGGCAAUAGUGUUGGUGGAGCUUCGGUACAUUAUCUAACAGCAACAAAUCAAACAAUUUGUAUGUCGGGCACAAUGUUGAAUUCCCGGGCAAGUACACCACCCCGAGAUUAUGCCUUUCGUUUGGCCCAACAACAUGGUUAUGGGGGAGGAGACAACGACGAGGAGGUUGUCAAGUAUUUACAGUCCCUAGAUGCCGAGCAGGUGGUGAUGCAUGAUUUGCUGACGGAAGAAGAUCAUCGAAAUGGUAUACGAUUGACAUUUGCACCUGUUGUGGAACCCUAUACGAGUGAGGAUACUGUCGUACCCACCGAACAGCAUACGAUGUUAAGAAGUGCUUGGGGAAAUCAUAUUCCCAUCAUGUUUAGCGGUGUUAAGGAUGAAGGUUUACUUUUGUAUUCCCAGUUGAAAAAUUUUACAGAAAUUGUGGAGACAUUCCGUCGGGAUCCUGUUACAAUAUUACCUUAUUUGGUUAAACAGAACUGUGAUGAAGAAGAGUGUCUGAUGUUGGCAGAGAGGUUAUUUAAUUUUUAUUUUGGCAAUAAAAAUGCCAGCCUCGCAGAUGUCAUUCAUUAUUACGGCAUACGAGAUUUCUGGCACGGCUUGCAUCGUUCCCUUCUCUCACGUCUGUCCUAUGCAACGGCACCAACAUAUCUCUAUCGCUUUGCCUUUGAUUCGCCCACAUUUAAUCAUUAUCGCAAAAAACAAACAAAUGGUGAAAUUCUGACUGGUGUUGCCCAUGCCGAUGAUUUAUCCUAUAUAUGGUAUGGUGACCACUCUUGGAAAUUGGAUAAAUGUUCACCAGAAUACAAAACCAUAGAACGAAUGGUGAAUCUUUUUAUAGAUUUUGCAUCGAAUCGAGAUUAUAAUUAUCAGUUUGUUUAUGAUGAUGAAUGUAAACGUUACCCGUUUAUUUGGUGGCCCUUGAAGAGCACAGAUCCCUAUCUAGCCCUUAAUAUAGGAGAAACAAUGCAAAUCAUAGAGAUACCGGAGAAGAAGGAUCUACAAAUAUGGGAUUCUAUGUACGUCCACGUGAAGGAUCAAUUAUUUCUCUCAGAAAUGUUCUUGAGAAAUUGUGUCAUACGCUCUCUUAAAUUAAGAGAAUUGUCUUCAACAAAAUACAACAACGUGCAAGUGUUCGAAAUAAAUUCAGUAGGGUUUCGGGCUGCGUUUCGAUCAGAACGUAGGUUUAUGGGCACCAUGGACAGCGGGGAAGAAAAUCCAAUUGUAAAAAUUGCACAAGGUCUGGUGCGUGGCACGAAAAGCAAAACCAUUUACGAUGACGACUAUUAUAGCUUUGAGGGAAUACCAUAUGGCCAGCCACCCUUAGGAGAGUUGCGUUUUAAGGCACCACUACCGGCCCAUGGAUGGGAUGGGGUCAAAGAUUGUUACGAAUUCACGGGUAAACCACUUCAAAAGAACUACCAAGGUGAAAUUGAAGGCACCGAAGAUUGUCUGUACUUGAAUGUCUAUGUCAAAAGGCUCAAUGGUAAUGGAAACCUCCCCGUCUUAGUGUGGAUUUAUGGUGGUGCCUUUAACACGGGUAGCUGUAUAAAACCAAAAUAUGGACCCGACUACUUUAUGCAGGAGGAUGUUAUUUUGGUUACCUUUAAUUAUCGAGUUUCAGCAUUGGGUUUUCUUAGCUUUAAGGAUCCGUCCCUUAAUGUUCCCGGUAAUGCUGGCCUCAAAGAUCAGGUGUUGGCUCUCAAAUGGGUAAAACAAAACAUUGGCCAAUUUGGUGGUGAUCAUGAGAAUAUAACACUUUUUGGCGAAAGUGCUGGUGCUGCUUCGGUUCAUUUUAUGAUGUGCACCGACCAAACCAAGGGACUUUUUCACAAGGCCAUUUGUAUGUCUGGCUGUAUUCUGAAUAAUUGGGCCCUUACCAAGGAUACGACCGAUUUGCCCUAUCGCCUGGCAUGUGAAUUGGGCUAUGAGGGUACAGACAAUGAUCGUGAGGUCUUGGAAUAUUUACAAAAAUGCCCUGCCAAUGAAUUGCUGCAUAUGAAAAAAUUGAAUGAAGAAGUCAUAUUAAAAGGAGGCUUCUUUGUUUUCGUACCUUCAAUGGAGCCCUAUGAUAAUCCAGAGGCUGUCGUUCGAAAACCUCUAUUGGAAAGUAUGAAGACAUCUUGGGGAAAUUCCAUACCUUUAAUAAUUGGCGGUACCUCAUUUGAGGGGCUCGUCAGAUAUCCCCAAGUAAAACAUAAACCGGAACUAUUGGAGUUGUGUAAAACUGAGCCCCAAGUUUUGCUACCAACAGAGUUGUUGGUUGGAAAGACAGAAGAAGAGAUCCAAUCACUGGCAAAAGUGUUAUAUGAUCUCUAUUUUCAAGGAAAGGAAGAUGAUGAGAAACAAUUUCUCAUGGGUUAUUUGGAUCACUCCUCAUUCUAUUCGAUUUGGCAUGAUUUGCAUCGUGUCACCAGAUCUCGCAAGGAACUAGCCACCGCUCCCACCUAUCAAUAUCUGUUUGAUUUUGAUUCUCCGACAUUUAAUCAUCACCGUAAGAUGUUUUGUGGCACCGACAUAGAAAAAGGUGUUGCUCAUGCCGAUGAUUUAGCCUAUUUAUUCUACUCUUUCUAUUCCUGGAAAUUGGAAAAGGAAUCCCAAGAAUAUUUAACACUUCGCCGAAUGAUUGAAUUAUGGGUCCAAUUUGCGAAGAUAUCUAAUCCCAAUUGCCAGUAUACCAAGGAUUCCGAAUGGAAAACCAUAUCUCAAAGUGAUCUCAAUCAGUGGUUGAGGAUUUCAAAUGACGUGCGCUUCGAGGAAAUUUUCAAGGAAUUUCAACAUAAACUAGAUGUAUGGAAUAGUUUGUAUGGUAAUGAUUUAUUGUAGUUGGUUUUGAAAUAGUGAAAUAGCCAUUGUGAUCUUAAGGACCAAUAAGAAAAUGGAGAAAUAAAGAUUUACAAAAUCUUACA